AUGCCUCCGAGAAAGAGGCAAGAUGGCCCUAUUGAAGUGCAGAAGCAGCCAAAGCAAGCUGCUACAAAAUUCCCAGUCACGAAAGGGAAGACGAUACAAUCAAUGCACACAGAAGUAGCGGGCAAGGCAGAAACAUCGAAGAUCAAGACAGCACCUCCGGACGUACACACCAAGUCAGAGGAUAGCAGAAAAAGAUCUACUGAACAUCAUCAAUCCGAUGGUUUUGGAGCCCUUCUAGAACCCUUCUACUAUGACAAAUCUCUCACUGCCCCAAUCGAUUGUGCCAAGGACAAAUGGAAUCUCUUGCCUGCCUUCCUCAAGGUCAAGGGUCUGGUGAAGCAACAUAUCGAUUCCUUUAAUCAUUUCGUAGAUGUUGAGUUGCAGAAGAUCAUCGAUGCUGAUCCGUGGAUUAUGAGCGAUGUCGAUCCUUCCUUUUACAUCAAAUAUCAGAAGAUCUAUGUCGGCAGACCAUGCCGGAUUGACGAAGCUCAAUACCAGGACGAUAAAAGCUUCAAAGACGACUCUUCUGUGACACCGAAUGAAUGCCGCCUCCGGGACAUGACUUAUGCGGCACCCAUAUUGGUUGACUUUAUCUACACCAAAGGCAGAAAUGUCUAUAAGCGCAAAGGGCUCUCUAUAGGCCGGAUGCCCAUCAUGCUGCGUAGCUCGAAAUGUGUUCUUGCCAACAGAAGCGAAAUUGAAAUGUGCGCUAUGGAUGAAUGCCCUCUGGAUCCAGGUGGGUACUUUAUUGUUAACGGAACGGAAAAAGUUAUUCUUGUACAAGAACAACUCAGUAAGAACCGGGUCAUUGUGGAAGCGGAUACUCGAAAAGGCUUGAUUUCAGCUUCUGUGACAAGUUCAACUCACGAACGAAAAUCUAAGAGCUACGUCGUCCUUAAGAAAGAUCGACUCUACGUGAAGCACAAUAUCUUGAAUGAGGACGUUCCAAUAGCCGUCUUGCUCAAGGCGAUGGGGGUCACAUCUGACCAUGAGAUGUUAUUGCUUGUGGCGGGUGCGGGUAGUGCUCUUCAGGAUGACUUUGCCAUCAACUUCGAGGAGACGAUUAGUCUAGGCAUCUACACACAACAGCAAGCCUUAGAGUACAUUGGAGCUCGUAUCAAGAUCACUAGGAAGCCUACCGCUUUUGGCAUGUCCAGACGUAACCACGUACAGGAAGCUUUGGAGGCGGUCGGCUCGGUGAUCAUCGCUCAUGUACCCAUCGAGAACCUCAACUUUCGGCCCAAGGCACUCUAUGUGGCACACAUGGCGAGACGUGUCCUGAUGGCAAAACACAACCCUAACCUUAUUGAUGAUCGAGAUUACGUCGGUAACAAAAGGCUCGAAUUAGCCGGACAGCUGCUAUCCUUGCUCUUUGAGGAUUUGUUCAAGAAAUACAAUUAUGACAUCAAGCUCAAUGUUGACAAGGUGCUGCGGAAAAAUGCCCGGACGGAGCUCUUCGAUGCGGCGCCUAUCAUGUCUGGUCAUGCCAAUCAUAUUACCCAGGGGAUGAAUCGAGCCAUCGCAACUGGCAAUUGGAACCUCAAGCGCUUUAGGAUGGAUCGAGCAGGUGUCACCCAUGUCCUUAGUCGUCUAAGCUACAUAGCAGCUCUGGGAAUGAUGACAAGAGUUACGAGUCAAUUUGAGAAGACCAGGAAGAUUAGCGGGCCGAGGGCUCUACAGCCAUCUUCAUUUGGCAUGUUAUGUCCAGCCGAUACCCCAGAGGGAGAAUCGUGUGGUUUGGUCAAAAAUCUCGCUUUGUUGACUCACAUCACGACGGACGAUGAAGAAGGUCCUGUUCGCCAACUCGUCUUCAUGUUGGGUGCUGAAGACGUUCUUACCGUGGGUGGAGGACAGCUCUACCAGAAGGGGUCAUAUGUCAUCUUCACCAACGGGACACCAAUAGCGGUAACACGGCAUCCUAAGCAGUUUCUUUUGGCCUUCCGUCGACUUAGACGAUCUGGACGGGUCUCAGAAUUCGUCAGUAUUUUCAUCAACCAUCAUCACUCUGCUGUAUAUAUCGCCACAGAUGAGGGACGAAUAUGCCGUCCGCUUAUUGUCGUGGAAAAUGGACACUCGAAGUGCACCAAGCGAUACCUGAAAUCCCUUCGCCGAGGGACAAUGGACUUCGAUGACUUUCUCGCUCGAGGUAUUGUGGAGUAUGUGGAUGUGAAUGAGGAGAACGACUCGAAUAUUGCAAUGUACGAGUCUGAUAUCAAUUCAACAACUACUCAUCUUGAGAUCGAACCUUUCACAAUUCUAGGCGCUGUGGCUGGUCUGAUACCGUAUCCACACCAUAAUCAGUCUCCCCGAAACACCUAUCAAUGUGCUAUGGGUAAGCAAGCCAUUGGUGCAAUCGCAAACAACCAAUUUCACCGUAUAGACACGCUCUUGUAUCUCAUGGUCUAUCCACAAAAGCCAUUGGUCAAGACCCGCACCAUCGAGCUCAUCAAAUAUGACAAGCUUCCCGCUGGUCAGAAUGCUGUGGUUGCUGUCAUGUCAUACUCCGGCUAUGACAUUGAAGAUGCCCUUGUGCUGAACAAAGCCUCGGUUGAUCGUGGCUUUGGCAGGUGUCAGGUUCUGCGAAAAUAUAUGACACAACUCAAGAUCUAUGCGAACAAUUCCAAAGAUAUGAUUCAAGGCGUGGAAAGGCAGAACGACGCACCAAUCAAGAAGCAUGCCGCUCUAGAUGAAGAUGGAAUUGUCCAUGUGGGGGAUAAACUUUCUGUAGGCGAAGUUUGGGUCAACAAAGCAGUUCCCGAAAACCCGAACGCCAACCGACUUGAAAAUGGCUCUGAUCCCGGUUCUCACCUUUUCGUGCCACAACCCCAACUCUACCGCCUACCAGAUCCGAGCUAUGUUGACAAGGUCAUGAUCUCGGAAACAGAAAAUGGUAAUCAGCUCAUUAAAUGUCAGACCAGGCAAACAAGAGCACCCGAGGUUGGCGACAAGUUCUCCAGUAGACAUGGGCAAAAGGGAGUUGUCGGCAUAAUCGCCGAGCAGGCUGACAUGCCUUUCACUGAUGAAGGGAUUGUCCCGGAUGUCAUCAUGAACCCCCAUGGCUUUCCAUCCCGCAUGACAGUUGGCAAGAUGCUGGAACUAGUAUCGGGCAAGGCGGGAGUACUGAAUGGCAAUUUUGAGUACGGUACUGCGUUCGGCGGCUCAAGGCUUGAAGACAUGUCCGCUGCCUUGGUUGAUCACGGCUUCAACUACAGCGGCAAGGACUACAUGACUUCUGGUAUCACAGGAGAACCGAUGCCAGCAUAUGUCUUCACUGGACCUAUCUACUAUCAGAAACUUAAGCAUAUGGUACAAGACAAGAUGCACUCUCGAGCUCGUGGACCUCGCGCCAUUCUAACACGUCAGCCCACCGAAGGUCGAUCCCGAGAUGGAGGCCUACGGCUCGGUGAGAUGGAACGAGAUUGUCUGAUUGCGUAUGGUGCCAGUCAACUCCUCCUCGAGCGUCUCAUGUUGAGCAGUGACAAACAUGAGGUGGACAUCUGCGAGGAAUGUGGCUUUAUGGGUUACAGCGGUUGGUGUCAACGAUGCAAGAGCAGCGGGGCUAUUGUCAGGAUGGUCAUUCCCUAUGCUGCCAAACUCCUUGUGCAAGAGCUCUUCAGCAUGAAUAUUAUGACCAGGUUGAGACUGGAGGAUGAAUUUCCGGCAGCGAAAAGUGGAAUGCGGUGA